AUGUCGGUGCUUCCAAAUUCUAACAAGAGAGUAUUGCCCAAUAAAUCAACAGUGGUUGUUGGUAGAAGUCGUUCAAGUGAUAUUGUUUUAAGAGGAUCUGAUAUUUCAACAAGACAUUGUGAAUUAAUACCCAUCUGGAAUGAUGUUUUGCAAAAUUUUUUUUUGAAUUUGAUUGAUCAUAGUUCCAAUGGUACAUUUGUGAAUGGUUCAAGGGUUGAGAAUAAGAACUGUAUCUUGAAGAAUGGUGAUAAGUUGAACUUUGCUAAAAGUGGUGCUUAUGUUUUCAGAUAUAAAAGAGAUGAAGAAUCAUCUGAUGAGGAUAAAGAGAAUGUUGAUACAACUUCUAAUGUCAAACCUGCCAAAUCAUUCUUUGAUGAGUAUGUUCUUGGUAGGCAAUUAGGGUCUGGGCAUUAUGCUACUGUUAAAGAGGCAAUUAGAAAAGAGACUGGUGAUUCAUUUGCGGUAAAGAUUUUCAAACCACAAAGAGCUGAUGAUACUAAGAGCUCAAAACAAUUCAAUCAAGAGCUUGAAGUUUUGAUGAGUAUCAAACAUGAAAAUAUUGUCAAAUUGAUUGGGACCUAUACAGAACCUAUAAACAAAUUUUCAUUCACCACAUAUCUUGUUUUAGAAAAAGUCAAUGAUGGUGAGCUAUUCACAAGAAUUGUCAAGAAGCAAAACUUGAGGCAAGAUGAAACAAAGGCUAUUUUCAAACAGUUGUUGAAUGGUUUACUAUAUUUGCAUAAUAGAAAUAUCAUUCAUAGAGAUAUAAAGCCAGAGAAUAUAUUACUAAACAUUGUUCCUAGAACUUCACCAAGUCAGAAACAAACAGGACCAUGGGAUGAGAAUGAAUUGGAUGUUUCAGUGAAAAUAGCAGACUUUGGAUUAGCAAAAUUUAUUGGUGAAUUGAAAUUUACAAAUACUUUAUGUGGUACUCCAGCAUAUGUUGCGCCAGAAGUUUUAAACUCAUCAAGAAAAUAUUCCAAGAAUAUUGAUUUAUGGAGUGCUGGUGUGCUACUUUAUGUUUGUUUAGUUGGAUUCCCACCUUUUAGUGAUGAAUUGGGUCCUCCAAAUAUGAGAGAACAGAUUAUUUCAGCCAAAUAUGCGUUCUAUAGUCCAUAUUUUGACGCUAUCGAUGAUUUGGCCUUGGAUUUGAUCACAAAGUUGUUGGUGCUGGACCCUGACCAAAGACUCAAUAUACAGCAGGCAAUUGAUCAUCCAUGGUUCAAUGAUGAUAGCUCAGCACCAUUGGACACUGUCACUAGAUCACCAAUCAAAGGAUCAUCCUUGCCAAAGACCUACACUGAGCUCUCCCAAAUGCAGAGCAUGGAAGGGCCAGGUGUCCCAUAG